UCUCUGUCAAAGCAAGUAGAAACCAUUUUCCGCCACCUGUGUUCAACCACUUGUUAUGUAUUUUGAACCGUAAAAUUAAAGAAACUUGCUAUUCAUUUCAUAUCAUUCAAAAAUGAAAUCAGAACCUUCAUUCCGCUACUCUGUUUUUACUAUAAAUACAAUUAUCCCUUAUCUAAUCCACUCGUUACACCGUUGAAUUCGACACCAUUACAUUUACGCACGCACAAACCACCAUCUCCUUCUUCCUCCGUUAAUCACAAUCCAUCACAAAUUCACCAUUACAACACAAAACUCUGCAUGCGACUGAGUGAUGGGUUCCUCUCCAAUUUCAAAGCCUAAAAUCGUUAGAGGCUCCGCUGGUUAUGUCUUGGAAGAUGUUCCCCAUUUGUCAGAUUACAUUCCUGAACUUCCUACAUAUUCUAAUCCUUUGCAAGACAAUGCUGCUUACUCAGUUGUCAAGCAGUAUUUCGUGCACCCAGAUGAUAGUGUCCCUCAAAAGCUUAUUGCAAACAAAGAUAGUCCAAGAGGGACGCAUUUUCGGCGCGCCGGACCUCGUCAAAGGGUGUAUUUCCAAUCAGAUGAGGUUCAGGCUGCUAUUGUGACAUGUGGAGGUCUAUGCCCUGGCCUCAACACCGUGAUUAGGGAGUUAGUAUGUGGUUUAUACCAUAUGUAUGGCGUAAAGAAAGUUUUGGGAAUCAAUGGUGGAUACAAGGGUUUCUAUGCUCACAAUACAAUCCCUCUAACUCCUAAAGGCGUGAAUGAUAUACAUAAGCGUGGGGGAACUAUCCUUGGUUCGUCGCGAGGAGGACAUGACACCACUAAGAUAGUUGACAGUAUUCAGGAUCGAGGAAUCAAUCAGGUUUAUAUAAUUGGAGGAGAUGGAACUCAGAGGGGUGCAUGUAAGAUUUUUGAGGAAAUUAGAAGGCGAGGUCUUAAAGUUGCAGUUGUAGGAAUUCCUAAAACCAUAGAUAACGACAUUCCGGUUAUUGACAAGUCCUUCGGCUUUGACACAGCUGUUGAGGAGGCUCAACGUGCUAUAAAUGCAGCUCAUGUUGAAGCUGAAAGUGUUGAAAAUGGCAUUGGUGUCGUCAAGCUGAUGGGCCGGUACAGUGGGUUUAUUGCAAUGUAUGCUACUCUUGCUAGUAGGGACGUGGACUGCUGUUUGAUUCCAGAAUCACUUUUUUUCCUUGAAGGUCCAGGUGGACUUUUUGAAUUUGCAGAGAAAAGACUUAAAGAAAAUGGCCACAUGGUUAUUGUGAUUGCUGAAGGGGCCGGACAGGAUCUUGUUUCUCAAAGCAUCCAAUCCAUGGACAAACAAGAUGCUUCCGGAAACAAACUUCUUCAAGAUGUUGGGCUAUGGAUAUCCCAAAAGUUGAAGGAAAAUUUUGCCAAAAAGAAGACACUGGCUAUAACUCUCAAAUAUAUAGAUCCAACCUAUAUGAUCCGAGCUGUUCCAAGCAACGCUUCUGAUAACGUAUACUGCACACUUCUUGCUCAAAGUGCUGUUCAUGGAGCAAUGGCAGGUUAUACUGGCUUUACGAGUGGGCUUGUCAAUGGAAGACAAACGUAUAUACCCUUUUAUAGAAUCAAUGAAGGACAGAACAAAGUAGUGAUAACUGAUAGAAUGUGGGCUAGGCUUCUAUCUUCAACAAAUCAGCCCAGUUUUUUGACUGGUAAGAAUGUCAAUGAAAUGAAGGAAGAAGAAGCAGCAUCCAAGGAGUAGGAUGGGAAUUGUUCAAGCAACCAUUUUGUUAAUAAAAAGAAGUCAGCAGCAUCUAUCACUAUUCUCUGUACAUGUCAUUGCCUUGUAAGUAGUAUCAUUAGGAGCUAGUUUUUUUUUUAUCCUUUCCACUUCCCUAAGAUGGGGAAAAUUUAUAUAUUAUUCUUUUUUCUAUCUUGUAUGCUAAUCAUUGUGAAAGAGUUGUAAUUUAUCUCAAGUUAAUUUUAGUUUUAGUUUCU